GGGGGGGGGGCGGUGGAGUUUGUUGUUUCGCCAUAUCUGUAGCAUUUGCUCCAGUGGGUUAAAACUCCAAUAACUGUACUGUGUGUAUGUAGCAAAAAAGUGUUCAGAAUACUGUCAAUAUGUUCAUUACUGGUAAUUAUUUUUCUAACUGUAAACGAUUGUAUUAUCUCUCUUCUUUUCUCCCUUGUGUCAUUUUUUGUAUGUAUCUAAGCAAGGUCUUAGGAGGUUUACCUUGGGUACUUAAACUGUAGUGCUGGCAUGAGAAGUAAUCAAAGGUGUUGACACAAGGCCUGUUCUUCCUUUAAUUCUCAACGUGCUAACUAUGCUGUAGUGCCGGUAGGAGAAGCAAUAAAAGAUGUUGACAAUUAUUUUUCCCUGCUACUGUAUUCUGUCUUCAUCUUCUUCUUUUUUUUUUUUUUUUUUUUUUUUUGGUUCCUACCAAUUCCAUAUAUAUUCAUGAUUUACAAGAAAGUAAAUUCAUUACGAGCAUAUUUUAGCUUCUCUCUUUGCUGAUCUCGACAUUCAUGUUUGGAAUUAAUAAACAUUUCCUUCUGAUCCUGACUGUUAGCAUAUUUCAGAAGUUAGAACUAAUUUUUUCAUUCAUAUUCUUGGUUUUUGUAAUUCUAGACUUUCAUCGAUUCUGUAAUUUAGUUCUAAAUUUUGUAUCUUCAUUAACAACAGGAUGACUUUUGUUCAGGGCAUUGAAAGUAGUUUUGAAAAGUGUAGCUCGAUUGUCUUAAAAGAUGAAAAAAUUCCUUUAUUGGCUCACAAGAGAGCCUCUUUUGGUAGUUCUGUAUUUAAUUUGUCAUGCACCAUUGUGGGUGCUGGAAUCAUGAGCUUACCUGCUGCUAUCAAAGUAUUAGGUGUUAUUCCUGGUUUUAUUUUGAUUAUAAUUGUUGGAUUUUUGACUGAGGCCUCAAUUGAGUUCUUAAUUCGGUUCAGCGAUGCAUCUUGUUCAUUUUCUUAUUCUUCUGUCAUGGAAGAUGCAUUUGGUAAAAUUGGCAAGUUCUUAGUGCAGCUUUGUGUUGUUAUCAACAAUAUCGGCACUUGCAUCAUAUAUUUGAUCAUAAUCGAGGAUGUGCUCUCUGGAUCAACUGCUUCAAGUGGGGUUCAUCACCCGGGUGUACUAGAAGAUGGGUUAGGACAACAAUGGUGGACAGGGCGUGCAUUUGUGCUGUUCGUCCUAACUCUAUUUGCAUUCAUGCCUUUGAUAUGGUGUAAGCGCAUAGAUUCAUUAAGAUACACUUCAGCUGUAGCAGUUGCACUUGCAGUGCUCUUUAUAGUCGUCGUCAUUGCAAUCACAGCUUUCAAGCUAGGAAAGGGAACUAUACAAGAGCCUGCAUGGUUUCCGCUAAUCAACAGCUUUGAAUCGUUUUGGAAUCUCUUCACUGCUGUACCUGUUCUUGUUUGUGCAUACCUUUGCCACUUCAAUGUUCAUCCGAUUCAAAAUGAACUGAAAGAUCCAUGCCAGAUGCAAGCAGUAGUUAGGACUUCCCUUUCACUCUCUGGAAUAGUGUACCUUCUAACAGGCUUAUUUGGGUUCUUGCUCUUUGCAAACUCCACCGCUUCCGAUAUUCUCUCCAACUUUGACACUGACCUUGGCGUUCCCUACAGUUCGUUGCUGAACAACAUCGUCCGUGUUAGCUAUGCGGGUCAUAUCAUACUUGUCUUCCCUGUUAUAUUCUAUUCCCUUAGACUAAAUUUUGAUGGCCUAAUGUUUCGUCAUGCAAGGCCCCUGGCGACAGAUAAUUGGAGAUUUACGUUUGUCACGUUGACAUUGAUGUCUGUGAUCUUGUAUGUAGCUAUAUUCAUCCCUAGUAUCUGGCAGGCCUUUGAAUUUACUGGAGCCUCAUCUGGAUCUUUGCUCCUAUUUAUAUUUCCUGCUUCCAUCGUCCUCAAGGACCGUCAUGGAAUAGCAACGACGAAGGACACAAUCUUAGCAGUCUUCUUGAUCUUUGUUGCUGUGUUAGCAGAUGUGAUUGCCAUUUACAGCAAUGUGAGAUCUUUGAUUCCAAAGCCUUCAUGA